ACCCCCCGCCCUCGGCCUCCGCUCUGCGCCUCCCCCUCCUCCCCCCUCGGCUCCUCGCCUCCCCCGGGGGUGGAGUUUCUCGCCGAGGAGCGGGGCCGCGCGCUGCUGGGAGAGCAGAGGACGGCGGACAGGUGAGGACGGAGGAGGAGAGGCAGGCCGUGAAUGAUCAUGACCCGAUGAGGCCUCACAUCCGUUUCAGUCUGUGGAGAAUGUAACCUGUUGCCAGAGGCUGCCUGGUUGACAGAGAUCUCUGACAGAAGCACAGGACCCGGUCCGGCGAUGGGUGCCCUGGUUCUGACGCCGGCCUGGGCCCUGCUUCCCGCGCUGCUGCUGGCAAUGACCUGCUCCACGCACGGGACGCUCGUGAAAGUCAACAAGGGCCUUAAGGUCCGACGGGGCCAGUCGGUCCACCUGGACCAGAGCCACCUGCUGUUCCAUAUUCCCCGACAGAAGGACGCGUGCAAGGUGGAGGUGGUGUUGAACGAGCCCAUAACUCAGCGAGUGGGGAAACUCGUGCCUCAGGUAUUUGACUGCCACUUCCUGGCUGAGGAGGUGAAGUACGUGCACAACGGCUGCCCAUUGUUAAAGCAGGACACUGUCAAGCUGCGUCUCUACAGGUUUACGGAGUCGGAGACGUACGUGGAGGCGUUUUCUCUCCACGUGGACAUUAUGGAGCCUGAAUGCAGCAUCAUAAAGCUGGGGCCCAAAUCCUUGGAGGUCCCCGAAUUUUACGGCCUCUCCGAUGCUCUCGACGGAAACGUCGUGUCCUUCCACUAUGAGAAGAGGUCCAGUCUGGAGUGUAGCGUCCACCUGAGUCACCACGACACCCACCUACCGGCCCACGGCCAACUGGUCACUGGGGAGCCGGAGAAAGCCACCAAGAGAGGGGACGAGCCGGAGAGCUUCAUCCCAAUACGCCAGAAGCUGGACAAUAAAGAAAGGGCAAUGUGUAAAUCCGAAGACUGCCUGAAAGGCCUGAAGUUAGUGAAGUUCACUAAAAUCCGCUGUGACGACUUCCUGGUGAUGGGAUUGAAGUAUCAGCACAUAGACCCUCCAUCUCCAGAUAUCGACUACAUCGCAAUCCGCCUGGACCUCAGGGACACAAGGAGCGGCAACACCUAUAAGUCUGAACAGGCGUGGAUCCCGGUGCGGAUAGCCGGUGCCAUUCCGAACCAACCUCCCAAACCGUCGUUCAUGUCCAUGUUUAUCCUGGAAGUGGACCAGUUCAUCCUCACGCUGCUCUCCACCGCGACGCUGGACGCCGAGGACGAAGAAACCCCCAAACAGCGCCUGGUCUUCAACAUCACCAAACCUCCCGCCGACGGCUUCAUCACUCACCUGUCAGACCACACUCACCCGGUCUCCUCCUUCACGUGGCUGGACCUCAACGACAUGCUCAUCGGGUACCAGCCGCCCAACUCCUCACAUGCCCAGCGCAGGAACUACGAGGUGGAAUUCGAGGUUUAUGAUUUUUUCUUUGAGAAAAGCUCAGCAAUAAUUGUCCACGUGUCCGUGAGGAAUGCGGACACCAACGCCCCCAGAGUCUCCUGGAACAUGGGUCUCAGCCUAUUAGAAGGACAGUCUCGCCCAAUAAAAUGGGAGCAGCUGCAGAUUGUGGACAACGACAACCUGAACGCUGUUCGCAUUAUCACUGUGGACGGCCUGCAGCAUGGUCAGCUCACCCUCAGAGGUGGCAAGAGCUUCAUGUUCACCGUCGACGACAUCAAGGCCGGCGCCGUUCGCUAUCACCACGACGACAGCGACUCCACCAAAGACUUCAUCGUCUUCCGCAUCACGGACGGCCGCCAUCAGACCCGGCACAAGUUCCCCAUCAAGAUCCUCCCGAAGGACGACAGCCCCCCGUUCCUCAUCACCAACGUGCUGCUGGAGGUGUCUGAGGGCCAGACCGCCCUGCUGAGGGGCUCCACCCUGCAGGCCUCCGACAUGGACUCCAGCGACGACUACAUCCUCUUCAACAUCACCCGGCCCCCGCAGGCUGGAGAGGUCAUGAAGAUUCCAGGAGCCGGACUCACAGGUUAUCCCGUGAGCCACUUCCUGCAGAGGGACCUGUCUCAGUCCAUCGUUUAUUACCGGCACCUCGGCAACGAGGUGUUCGAUGAUUCUUUUGAGGUGGUGCUGUCGGAUUUCCACGACCCCCCGAACCUGUCGCAGCCUCAGGUCGUAGUGGUUCACAUAGAACCUGUCCCGGACCAACCGCCCAAAGAGGCUCCUGGUACCAGCCGGUGCCUCGUGAUCAAAGAAACAGAUGUGGUCCACAUAACGCGGCAACAGCUCCACUUCGUGGACCAGGAGUCUCCCGACAGCGAGCUGACGUACACCGUCACUACUCCUCCUUUCUACACCGGCGCUCACAGCAGCCCUGAUGCAGGGAGGUUGUUUCUGGUGGACAGCGUCGCCAAAUUCGCCAAGGACUCCGAUGCUCCGGUGCUAAGGCUCUUCACACAGCAUGCGGUGAACUUCAUGAAAGUAGCCUACAUGCCUCCUAUGGUGGACGUUGGCCCGUACCCCCAAUUCAUCCAGUUUGUCCUCUCUGUGACCAACCGACUGGGCAAAACAGUCACCGGCAUCUGCUUCAACGUCACCGUGACACCUGUGGACAACCAGCCCCCACAGGUGGUCACCAACCCUCUGAUUGUGGAGGAGGGGGGGGAGUGUCGGCUGGGCCCCGAGCACCUACUGCUGCUGGACACCGACUCCAUGGAGGAGGCUCUGAAGGUGGAGCUGGAGCGGGGGCCGCGGCACGGGGCCCUGCAGCUGGGCGGCGUGCCCCUGGAGCCAGGACAGGCCUUCACUGUGCAGGACCUGAAGGGCCUCAAAGUCAGGUACGAGCACGACGGCUCAGAGACGGUAGAGGACAGCAUUGAACUCACUGCAACGGAUGGAACCAAUUCAGCCGCAUUCGUUCUGCAGGUGGAGGUGACGCCCAUUAACGAUGAGACGCCGGUGCUGGUUGCUGGUCUGAAACCCGUUCUGCUCUGCGCCGAGGGGCAGGAGAUCGUGAUCACCGUGGAGCACAUCCGCGCCACCGACGCGGACAGCGACGACGGCGGCCUCGCCUUCCUGAUCGCGCGGCAGCCGCGCCACGGCGCGGUGCUCCGCCGCGGCCGCGUGGUCGAUCGCUUCGUCCAGGCGGACGUCGCCGCGGGGAUCGUCAGCUACCGACACACAGGGCCGGAGAUCGGACUCGCUCCGCGCCACGACACAGUCACGUUUGUGGUUUCUGACGGCGAGAUGGAGGACGCUGCUCUGUGCUGCGGUGGAGGAAACCCCCAGCGGCACCGCAGCCUGCCUGUGUACGACCUCCACAUCACCGUGUUUCCUGUGGACAGCCAGCCGCCGACCCUGAGAACAGGAGACAUCUUCACAGUGGAUGAAGGAGGCACCGCCCCCAUAACUCCUUCCCACGUCAAGGCCUCUGACGCGGACACCGCCGUGGACCAGCUGGUGGUCAGUCUGGUUUCCCCGCCCCAGUAUGGCUACAUUGAAAACGUGCUGCCCAGUCCUGGCUUCGAGAAAAGCAACAUGGGCAUAAGCAUAGCUUCGUUUUCGUACAAAGACCUGAUCGACGGCCAUGUGAACUACGUGCAGUCCAGACACCAGAGGAUGGAGCCCACCGCUGACCAGCUCAUGCUCUGCGUGUCCGACGGCAAGCGCACCUCUGCCAACGUCGCCUUCCACGUCGUGAUCCACCCUAAAAAUGACGAGGUCCCAGAGUUUGUGGUCCGGAACAUCACGGUGCGAGAAGGAGAAAUGAAGCAGCUGGACUCGUCGGUGUUGCACGCGAUGGACCUGGACGUCCCCAGGAACGUGCUGCUGUUCAGCGUGGUUGAACCCCCUCAGCACGGCAGCAUCGUCGCCCGCGGCGAGCAGCCGGCGAGCCGGAGACGAGAGGCCGGUGCCCCGACCGCCGUGGCUGACUUCACCAUGACCGACCUCGCUGACGGGAUGAGCCUGAUGUACGUGCACGAUGACUCCGAGAACACGGAGGACAGCUUCACGCUGCAGCUAACGGACGGCAGGCACCACGUGCGCAGACAGGUGGCGGUUAAGGUGCUGCCGGUCAAUGACGAGGAGCCUCGGAUCAUAAGAAACGGAGGACUGGAGGUGGAGCCAGGAGACGCGAGGCUCAUAUCCAGCGCGGUCCUGUUCGCUCAGGACGCCGACACGCCGCCUGCACAGCUCGCGUAUGUGUUUGACAGUGUUCCCACCCAAGGACUGCUCCAGCUUAAGGAAGGUCGGCACUGGGUCUCGCUGGCCGCCGGAGGCAGCUGCUCCCAGGACGCGGUGGACAUGAACCUCCUGCGCUACAAGCACACGGGUGCGCACGGGUCCAGAACGCAGGACGCCUUCGCGUUCCGCCUGCUGGACGGAAAGAACCAGUCGCCACCACAGCACUUCCACAUCUCCAUCAAAGACCUCGAGAAAGGGCACAUCGCCGUCUUCGCGAAGCCGGCGAACGUCAGCAGGGGCGACCGCGUGGUCCUCACCACGGACGCGCUGCUGGCCACGGACGGCACGGACAGGCCCGAGGAGCUGCUGUACGUGGUCACCCGCCCCCCGGCUCACGGACAGCUGGAGUACGUGAAGCACCCUGGGCUGGGCAUCUCCACCUUCAGCCAGAUGGACGUGGCAGCGAACCUGGUGGCCUAUGUCCACGACAACAGAGCCAGCGCCCCCGCAGAGAGCUUUCAGUUCGUUGUGAGUAACGGACGGACCAGUCGAAACGGAAGCUUCGAGAUCGCGGUGGAGAUGGUGGAUCGCGUCCUUCCGACCCUCUCCUUCAACAGAGGCCUCUCGGUGCCUCAGGGCUCCUCUGUGAUCCUGGGUCCCGACUGCCUGGGCCUCUCCGAUCCGGACACCCCGCCCGGCGCCCUGACCUUCGACCUGGUGCAGCCGCCGCAGUACGGCCGCCUGCUCCUAGCGGGCGCCGCUCUGAGCGCCGGCUCGAACUUCACACAGCGCGACGUGCAGGAGUUGGAGGUGUCGUACAAACACGACGGGGGCCGAUCGCAGAUCGAUCGAUUUGCCUUCACCGCCUCCGACAGCAGCAAGCGAGGUUUUCUGCUGGACGGACGGCUGCACACAGAACCCAUGUCCUUCACUAUUCAGAUCAGGCCGCUGGAUCGGUCGCCUCCUGAGCUUGUGAGGAAGCUUCCUCUUUGGAAAGCUGAGCUUUUAGCGGACGGACGCUACGGGAUCUUUCUGUCGUCUCGGGAGCUGAAGGCCCAAGACGGCGACAGCAGAGACGAGGAGCUGAGAUUCCGCAUCGCUCGUCCCCCCUACUUCGGCUACCUCGAAAACAUUACUACAGGUGGCUUCGUGUCGCAGCACUUCUCUCAGAUGGAGCUGAACAAGAGGACUAUCGUCUACAUCAUCAAUCUGGACGUGGAGUCUCUGUCCGACAGUUUGGAGCUCACGGUGUCUGAUCCUUUAGGAAACACCGCCCCCCCUCAAACACUGGAGUUCAGCUGGUCUAGUGUGGAACUGUCCCAGCCUCGGGUCUCUGUGUGUGAGGGGCAGGGAGCUGUUUCACUGGGUAUCAUUCGAAAAGGAAACCUGGCGGAGUCCUCGUACAUCACUGUCAAGGUCAAGGAACUGACUGCAGUACCUGGAAAGGAUUUCCUCAAAAGCCCGUCUUCUCUCAUUCAGUUUGAUCCAGGAGUGUCACGGAGGAGCUGGCAGGCAGAAAUCAUUCAAGAUGACCUUGAGGAGGCCGAGGAGAUGUUUGAGGUGCUUCUAGUCUCACCUGAAGGCACGGUGAUCGGCAACACGCACAAGGCUGACGUCACUAUCAGGGACAACGGGGAGCGAGGACCGUGCAGACCGAAUGAGGCUCCUGUUCUUGGAGGGAAGGAAGUUGUGUCAGACACAUACCCCCAGCAUGGAUCCAUCCAGCUGGAGAAACUCCCUCUGGGCACAGAAUCCAUCGUCCUGACCCGAGGAGACGGCCUCUCCUCUGAAGCCAGCCCCCAGAAAAAGACACUCAGAGUCGUUGGCAGCCCAAAGUCUAUCUCUCCUUCUUCGGUUUAUCACAAUGGAACAGACGUAGUUUACACGUAUCAUGGCAUCAUGCAAAUGCAGGUAGUAGACGACUCCUCCCCAUCCACGCAGGGCAGGAAGGCAAGCGUCCGCGUGGCUAGCAGGGGGGCGCAGCAGCAGGCACCCACUCAGCCUCAUAGGUCAAAGGUCAAUUCUCAGACAAAGCUCCAGGAACCGGCUGAGGCGCUUGUGAGAGCUGACACCUUCAUCCCUAAACCUUGUGUGCCUGAGUUAAUGGGACUUCUCCACUUAAACCAAACCACCAAUCAGCUCUUCCACUGCAACGGCGUCUCCUGGAAACCGUGGAGGCCGAGUAGCCAGAUGGUGAGUGGUCAGACGUGUCCUCAGGGCUGGACCUUCCACAGUGGUCGGUGUUACAUCCUCAGCACUGAGCGCAAAAUAACCUGGAGCGCAGCCAGCAGAGAGUGCAAAGAGAGGUACAGAGGAACUUUAGCAAGUGUUCUCUCUAAAGGUGACCAGGACUGGCUGUGGAACUUCAGUGGGAGGAGACCGUUCUGGAUAGGCCUGAAUGACAGGGAGGGCAGGGGGCGCUGGGAGUGGGCCGGGGGCGAGCCGGUGGUCUACACCAACUGGAGGAAGACGCCACCGCGGGCGGGAGAGAGGAGAAGCAAAAGGUGCGUGGUGGUGUGGAGAAGGGCAAAGUGGCAGAUCAGGGACUGCAGGACGAGCAAAGGCCAUGGCUUCGUGUGCUCGGUCAAGACUCGAUCGGGUUAAACAGCAUCAGGAGGUGAAACGCAGCUGCUGCUCCACAGGAGCAUCAGGACGAACAACUCAGGCUGCACAGACUGGACAAACAGCUUACGAAUGACAGUGUAUGAUUCAUAACACUGUUUAUACGGCAGCCUCCUACCACAAGUGCCUUUGUUUAUAAUUCAUUAUAAUAAAUUUACUGAAGUAUUGUUAUAUAUGUAAAGAAGUUGUUUAUUGUGUAUUUUGUUAAUUGCAACCUUUGCUUUGGGGCCAUGGAAAUAUUUGUUCUUCACUUAAUUUUUCUUUUUUUGUCCUUUUCCUCUUUUAUGUUUUUGUGCCCAUUAUAAUGAAGCUUUUCAAUGACUCAAUGACUUCAAAUACAACAAUUCAUCCAUAAACUUGUACAUUCAGCCAAGCACAAAAGAAAACAAACCUUAAAUACAGUAGUAGAAGGGGUGAUCCAGUUUUUUACAUAAUCAGCUGAUGUUUGUGUUGUUAACUGGUGCAAGAUGAUAUGAGACUGUUUUCAAAUGAUCAUAUAAAAAUAUAUUCAUCAGAAUGAG